UACAACAAAGAAAACUAUUUUUUUCCGCGUGUACAAAAAGCUAUAAUAGCGACACCACCUGCGCAUUUUAGAACUCACCACCAUCACAUAAGCUACCGGCAUCUUAGAGUAUGCCACCGGAUUGUUCCGGUGACGAUGUCCGAUGAAAACCCUAAACCAAUUUUCCCGGCGAUCAAUCUGCUCAAGUAAUGCUACUUCUCUUCCCAUUAUCUUGCUAUUCUUCCAUCCAUUAGAAAAAUCGAGAAAUCAGAUUAUCUUGGAAUUCUUGUAUGCAUAUUUGAAGGAAAUUCAAGAAAUUUUCUAAAGAAAAUUAUUCUUGCGGUGUUAAGAAUAUGAUUUCUUGAAUUUUCUUAAUCUAUGGACCUUAAUAGACAAUGUGCAGAAAUGGCACUUGAAAGGCUUAAACCCUCAAAAAUCCUUCUUGCUUUCAACAAGAUGGAGCACAGAACUGAUAUAAACUGUUAUUGGUACCUCAGAAUGGAAUAACUAGCCAGAGAAGAAGUGCUUGUCAGGCUUUGUUUUCCACAUUUAGACAGGCAUAUAUCCUUCAUAGGGAGGAAUAUGAAAGUUGAAGAGAAUAAGCUAUAAAGUGUAGUAAAAGGUUUGAGAAUGUAGAGACAAGUAUUAGAGAAUGUUAACGCAAGAAGUGUGACAGAUGAUAGCUGCUUGUGGAUCAGAUUUAAGUACCGGCUUUAUGCUUUAAAGAGGCGAUGAUGAUUUUUGCCAAUUUUAUUCCCUUCUGAGCUGAUUAUUCAGGCAUUUGAGGUUAUCCGACCCAUAUCUUGGUGGGGCAUGCCACCAGAUUUUCUGGUGAUUUUUUCAGUCAUGGCGUUGUUGGACUCUCUUUUUGCCUGAGCUUAACACAGAUCUGAGCCUAAGUUUCUCUGUCAGUUUAGGGAAACUAACGGUUGGGAAAAUGAACAAAGCAAAAGCUCAAAAGGGAAAGAAUGAGGCUACAGAGAGUUGAUGAUUUUUCAUUGAAUGGUUUAGGGAAACUAACGGUUGGGAAAAUGAACAAAGCAAAAGCUCAAAAGGGAACGAAUGAGGUUACAGAGAGUUGAUGAUUUUUCAUUGAAUGGAUGAUUGCUUCUCUCUGUAUUCAGCCAAUGAUUUCUGCAUUACUCAUGCUGCUGAUGAGCGAAUUCGUUUGGAAGAACUGCGUGAGAAGGCAAUGAUUGGCUAAAAACUCAUUGAUGUGUCGUUUCAACGUGGAGUCUGUAACCUAGUGAAUUAUCAGGUCCUAUCUGGACAAAAGAGGACAACAACCUAUCUUGAUUCCGAGCAAGAAUUGUUUAGGGAAACUAACGGUUGGGAAAAUGAACAAAGCAAAAGCUCAAAAGGGAAAGAAUGAGGCUACGGAGAGUUGAUGAUUUUUCAUUGAGUGGGUGAUUGCUUCUCUCUGUAUUCAGCCAAUGAUUUCUGCAUUACUGUAAGAAUUCCAACUAUCCUUCUAUCAAUUUUAUUGGAGGGAGUAUAUUAUUAACAGCUUGCUUCAAUUGUUUUUAUAUAUCAUCAAAGGGUUUCUAUGCCCUUCCACACUUUUUUUUCUUUAUUUUAAUGCUUCUGCCAGAGCAUUGAAUGUUACCGGUGGAAGCGAUGAGGGUGAGUAUAAUCAGACGGCUUGAAAGAGGCGAUGAUGAUUUAUGUCAAUUUUUAUUCCCUUGUGAGCUGAUUAAUCAGGCAUUUGACGUUAUCCGACCAGUAUCUUGGCGGGGCAUGCCACCAGAUUUUCUGAUGGUUUUUGCAGCCAUGGCGUGGUUAGACUCGCUUUUUGCCUGAGCUUAAGCACAGAUCUGAGCCUCAAUUUACUGGACUCCAUUACUGUAAGAAACACUAUAACCCUUUUGACACUUUUAACGGAUGGAGUAUUCUAGCAUCUUCAGGGUACUAUGAUGAUUUGGGGUUCCACCAAUGAGAUUUAUUGUCAAAAGAAACUCAGGGAUAUGUGAUGGAGGCCUUUCUCAAUAUUUUGGCCUUGGGUCGGAGACCCGAAAAACAAUCACCUAUGUUCCAGACCCUUAUGGAAUAGAAGUCUGUAAUCCAGUCGAAGUACCUCCCAGAUACGAGGAGAGAUGGUUGCUCAAUCGACAUGCUAUUGAUACACAAGGUGCGGAAGAUAGAUUGGGAUGCACUGAAUGCAGGUGUGAUCUUUAUAAUGUUUCUAAGGACGAGCAUGACCAAGAUAUAGAGCCAAUUUACAUUAGAGGUUUGAGAUGUUGUUACGAUGAAACAAGAUGCAGGGUGAAAGACGGAUUCCAAGGAUCGAGGAGAAGCCUCUACCUGAAGUACACAGUGAAGUACAUUGAUUGGGAUUCCUCCAUUGUGCCUGUCAAAAUUUAUAUACUUUACAUCAAUGAUACAUGGAAAAAGCCAGAAAAAUCGACAGCCACUGUGGCAAGACAUCACUGCCAGGUGUGCGCGGUUCCCUAUGAUAAUCACAAGAGCGAAUGAUAAUUCAGCUCAUAACUCAAAACAAUUUUGGCUCUUUGUUACUGCCUAAAUAUAUCUGGCUAAUAUUCAGGCAAUUUGUUUUACUUCAGAUCGAAUAUUUAGGGAUACAGUAUAUGUAUCUGUUUCUUUCAUCUUCUGUUAUGCUUCCUCUCCGUCUGGCCAUUUUAACUAUGGUUUCGAAUGCUUGCUUUACACCAGUUACAUCAAAAUACUGCAAUUCAGAUGAUAUGCAUGCUUUCGCAGCAAGCUUUGGCCUUAAAGGAGAGGCUCUGAGCUCUACUUCUGACGUUUCUUUGUUGGAAAUUGUUACUAAAACUCACGGGAGGCCAAGUGGAUACCGUAAGGUUUUUAAGUGUUUUUACCUUGGAAUUGAUGUUUGUAGACAAAAUGUUGGUAUAACAGUCAUUGUUCGUGAUGUAUUUUACAACCAACCAGUUCGAAGGAAGCAAAUACACUCCCAACCCAAAGAGGGUCUUGCAUUCUAUGGAAGAGUCUCUGCUAAGAAUGUCUCCUACAAUUUUGUUGAUAUUGAAAGUGAAGAUGACCUGCUUUGCAUACGUGCUUCUCCUUCUCUGUUGCCGCUAUUGUCCAGUGGGUUUGGGAUUCAUCUGAGUUCCCUUAACAAAUUGAAUGCAAGCGAUGGUUCAUUCAAGUUCUCAGGAUACAUCUCAGGCCCUUCAAUAGUUGUAUAUCAAUUCAAGAUUUGUUUCCAAAGGACCAAGACAUAAAUUGCCUAAUAACAUAACGAUGAGUUUUGACAGUGCUUUUGACAUUGAGCAGCGAAGUAGAUCUCAAAUAUAUCCACUGUUUUUUGUUGAACCUAAACUGCCCAAUAUCUUUAUAUGAUUUGACUUUGUUGGAGCCUUAGAAGAUAUCUGUGUGUGGAAUCUAAGGUGGGAUUUUUUGUUGGCAUUUAUUAUUUAGUUGUUUUGGGGUUGGGAAAGGAGUGUGAGCCUUUCGAUUUAGUUUUGUAGAAUUGAGUUUGUGUUAGGGCUUGUUUUGUGAGAAUUUGUUUGGGUUAUUUUCUGUAAAAAAUAUUUCAAAAUACCUAAUCAUUUUUUGAAACUUUAAUGUUGAUGAAAUAAAUAUUCCUAAUCGUAUAUGAUUUCAAAGUAUUAAAAAGGAUCCCAUGAUAGGCAAGGCCCUUACGUCACAGCUGUUUCCGGAGAACAAAAUGAUCUCCCUUUUGUUAUGGGAGAACAAUGCUCAACCACAUUUCUAGCUUCUUUUGGUUGCAAAACCAAACAGGCCAAUGUUAACAAGGACAUGUCAUACCUAUUUGUUUUACUGAUUGAAAUGUUGUAUUUCUUUUUUACAAUGUGUUUCCUGCUUCUAAGACUGACACUUCUUCCAGUUUGAACUUAGUCUCCUGAUUUUUGCUUACCCAAUCAUUCCUGACCUGAAUAAGAGCAUGGGAGCCAAAAGAAGUACAUGCAAUAGGGAGUCGAAAGAAGUGUGCUCAUGGGCGACCGACUACUGUCCCUCUUGUCAACUUGGGUGCUCUGCAUGAGCAGAUUGCAGAGUUAGGUUCGUGGAGUAGGAGUUCCUCCGAGGCAUGGCAUGGAUUACAUUGCCAUGAAAUCAACCUAGAACGUGCAGCACAACAACUAAGAUCAGCCGUAUCCUAGUGUCGAAAAGCUCUCCAAGUAUAACCUAAAUUGGUUCUGCUUGCUACCUACCGCGCAGAAAUUUUGCGAAAAAUUUUGCGCUGAAGAUAUCCAGUCUGCAAUCAUCACAUUGAAGAAUAAUCUGGAUCCUGGAGCACGGUACAACAUCUAUGCAGAUUCAACAAAUAAAUGUAUUUAACCCGAAUUUAACACGACAUUAACAUAUACCCACAAAAUGAAAUUUCCAAAGAAACUAUUCUGUUGUGCUUCUUUAUUAAUUUUUUUCCCCAAUUAGUGCUCCUUUGAUUACUAACAUUUACAAGAACCUCUACAGUGAUCUGUGUAAUGAAUUCGGAAAAAUUAGGAGGCAUAUGUUUUUUCCAAGAAUUAGCUCAAACAAUUGUACUUUUUAUAGAGGGAAAAGAAAUUCAAAAUAAGUUUGCAAACUCAAAAAGUGCAAAAUUUCAAGCAAAUGCCA